AUGGGUAAAAGAAAAUCGUCAGCUAAACCGCAAAAGAAGAUAAAACAAAAGCUAGAUAUAACAUUUUCAUGUUUGUUUUGUAACCAUGAAAAGUCUGUCAUUUGUACAUUAGACAAAAAAAAUUCAUUAGGUGAAUUGCAUUGCAAGAUUUGUGGCCAAAGUUUCCAAACAGCUAUCCAUUCAUUAUCACAGCCAGUAGAUAUAUACUCAGAUUGGAUUGAUGCCUGUGAAGAUUUAGCAGAGGAAGCUGAAGCUACUGGUGCAGUACCAGAAGAAGAUAAUGGAGAAUAUAGUGAUGAAGAAUAUGGUGAUAAAAAGAGAAGAGAUCCAGCUCUUGAUUCUGAUGACGACGAUUAUUAA